AUGCCGGACAACACUCCGAGAAGCUGGUUCGCCGUCCCGGCCCCCGUCGCCGCCCUCUUCAGACGCUUCCCCCUCGCCGUCUACCCUGCCAACGACCUCCCCCACCGCAGCCCUUCCCGCGGCGAUACGCCGACACUAUACGUCUUCGUCGCGGAAGACGAUGCCCCGAGGGGCCGACCGAGCUUCAACCCCUCGUGUCUAAAGUGGCAGACCUUUCUCAAAAUAGCCGGCGUAGACUUCCACAUCGCCCCCUCAACAAACCACGCCUCCCCCUCCGGCGCACUCCCCUACCUCCUCCCGCCCUCCCCGCUCCGUCCCAUCGCCGGCGCCUCGAAACUCGAAUCCUACGCCCUAGAAAACACGACCCUCAAAAGGCUACCCGUGCUAUCCUCCUCCUUCUCGUCCUCGUCCUCCCCCGAGGCAGAGCUCCACGCCCGCCAGCAAGCUUACCAGUCCCUCCUCGACCACCGCCUCCGCGCAGCCUGGCUCCACGCCCUCUACCUCGCCCCCGCGAACGCGGACCUCCUGUCGAGGCUCUACAUCGAACCGGCGUCCAAUAACCCGGUCGUCAGGCUGACACUCGCGCACCAGGUCCGCGCGGCCGCCGAGGCUGAGGUGCUGAAGGUGACAAGGAGCGCCGUAGUUGAUGUGAAGAGGGUACACGCCGACGCGCGCGCCGCGUUCGAGGCCCUUGCCGCGUUGCUGGAGGAGAGUAGGAGUGGCAGGAGCGCCGGGGCGGCCGCGGCAGAAAAGGGAGGAGAGGGUGGUGGUGGUGAGUGGUUCUUUGGCUGCGAGGGCCCGACGCUCUUUGAUGCGUCCGUAUUUUCGUAUACGCAACUGCUGCUCGAUGAGGAGUUUGGGUGGGUGGAUGCUUCGUUGUCGGAGAUUUUGCGGGAGUUCCCUUCUCUUGUGAGGCAUCGCGAGAGGUUGUUGGAGAGGUGCUUCCCUGAUAGCGACGAGGGGGUCCUGGUAUGA